AUUUCUUAUGUCAUUAGUGUCAAAAAAAAUUUGUCAAGUUGGUUGCACUUCCCUUCUAUAGAAGUCCUCUAUUGAAUUUUGACAUUGACAAUAAGCGAAACGAAAGACGAGAAUAAGAAUAAGUAAAAUAUUUACUUUAUGGAAAUAAUGAUUUGAAAGCAAUAUUUUAAAAAAUAUUUGAACAAUGGCAUUACCUGAGGCUGAAAAAAAGGCUGAUAAAAAAGAAAAACCUUCAACCAAAGUCAUAAUUCGAAGACUACCCCCAACGAUAGAUCAAGAAACAUUUUUGAAACAAGUUUCUCCCAUACCAGAUUACGAUUAUAUUUAUACUGUGAGUGGAGAUUUUAGUUUAGGCGAAAAUGCUUUUUCCAGAGUAUAUGUAAACUUUGUAAAACAUGAGGAUGUAUAUAAUUUUAAAGAGAGAUUUGAUAAUUAUGUUUUCUUGGAUGCAAAGGGUAAUGAAUAUCCCUGUGUUGUUGAAUUUGCGUCUUUUCAAAAAAUUCCAAAGAAGAGAGGUAAAAAUCGAAUGGAUCCUAAAGCUGGUAGUAUUGAAUCGGAUCCCUACUAUUCAGAUUUUCUAGAUAUUUUGAAAAAACCCCAAGAGUUGGAUGAAAAACCAGAAUAUACUCUUCAACUUACAACUUCUACUGAGAAUAAAAACGAUUUAACAACUCCUUUACUAGAGUACAUAAAGAAUAAAAGAGCACAACGUAUGAAAAUUCGUGAAUUAAGAAGAGAAGAAAGAAAACGAAGAGAAUUUGAUAAAAAAAGAGAUUAUGAUGACCGGAAGAAAAUUUCUGAAGAGAAAUCACCAACUAAAAAGUCUCAUCCUAAAUUGGAAACAGUUAAGAGUGAAAAAUCUGAAGAAGGAGAAGAGAAGAUUGAAAAAGAGGAAAGAUACUAUGAAAAGUCUUAUUAUAAGAACAAAGAUAGAAGAUAUGAAGACAGAAGAUUCGAGGAGAGAAGGAAAGAGCCAAAGCCAAGAUUUCCAAGGAAAGAAUAUCCUGAUUACAAAACUGAUAAUCCAAAAGAGAAAAAAUAUGAGUUUAAAAAAGAGUUUGAACCAAAAACUUAUCCAAAGAAAGUUAAAAAGUACAGUGAAAAACGAGAGGAAAGAAAAAUGGAGGCACAGAAAGCUGAGCAGAAGAAAAUAGAUGAGGCAAAAGCUGAUGAGAAGAAAGCUGAAGAUUCUAGCAGUAAACACAAUGAAGAUCUAGAUAAACUACCACAAAUACAUGAAAAUUCUUUCAAAGAAGAUUUGGAAAAAUUAAAAACUGAUGAAAACUCUCCUAGAGAUAUUGAGAAAGUCGAUAAAGACAGUAAGCAUAAAGAAAGAGAUUCUGAAUCUCAAAAUCAAAGAAGGAUACGGAACAAAGAUAGACCUACAAUAGCUAUAUAUAGGCCUGGAAUGUUAUCAAAAAGGAAGCAGACUGGUGAAGGAGAUAGUAAUGAAAAUAAAGAGAAAUCUGAAGAAAAAUAAUUAAUGAAGUUUUAUAAUAUUUUUUAACUGCUAUAAUUAAAGUUAUUACUGUUGUUGGAUUUUA